UCUUGCUUCCUCCUUUGCACCUAUUCACACAUUACCGGAACAUCGUAUCAGUGAGAUAACCGACCGAUUCUUUUGACAGUAUUGACGAUGCAAGAUAUCCUGCGAGUGUUUGUGGUGGCGCUGAGUCUUCUUACGUGUCCGAGGGAUGACCCCGGGGUUGAGGAAUGGGAUGAUAUCACCAUGGUGGCCGUGCAAAAGCAUGAAGAGAGGCUGCUGAGAGGAGAUCAACUGGACCACAAAAUGGCACCUGUUAGUGAGGAAAUGACACAAGCUGAGAAGAACGUGCCUCGGGAUGACGUGAAAAACGUUCUCAAGGAGCAAAAUCUGCCUGACCAGCAUGAUGCUGAAAAAGAGCAAAAGCCAGUCUUAGAAGAGGUGACUGUCACCAAACAAUAUUCAGAAGAAGACAGGGCUGAUCGGCUACAAGACUCCAGAAGUGCACAUGAGACUGUUCUGAAGACUUCACUAGUUGACCAGGAGCAAAAGAGCAAAGAUAGCCAGACCGAUGGCUCUUUUAGAGACCCAAGUGGACCGCAGGGGCAACAAGAACAGGAGGAAGAGUCACCCCUGUCACAUCUUCACACCAAGACAUCAGAAAAUGAAACUUCAGAGGCAGCCAUCGCCGACUGGGAGCGUGAUUACCUCUGGUACAUGUGGAACGCCUUCUCCAUCAUUUCCAUGAUCCGCGUGUUUAGGAACUGCUUCCGGAGAACCUCACAAAUCAAACAAGAAGAAACCAGGCCCUUCCCGGUGGUCUGCACUGCUGCUGAAGUGUCGCUGCCAGACAGUGACACUCUGCAGCGAUUUCAUUCUAAAUGUGUUCAAGUCGCAUCCGAUAAGAAGUGGAGGGAGUUCUUGGAGGGGUUUGCAAGUGAUCUAUUGGAUGCCAUGAGGACCGUCUGUGAUAGAAAUGGCGGCAUGGUGAUUGAGGACUUUCAGAUGGUGGAUGUGUGCGAUAUCAUCGUCCCCUUCAGCCCACCUGAUCCGUAUCGUUUUCAGUGUCUGCUCUGGAACAACCAGGCGAGUGAUCUGCUGCCAUACAUGCAGGUCUGUGGUCAAAUAAAGCUGGUGGAAAAUAAAGUCCAGAACGGCUGCCAAUGUCAGUCUCCUGAUGCGGAUGAUAUGGUCUGCCUGCUGCACUGUGACACUGAGAAAGCACAGGUGAGAGUGACUGAGGUUUGUGAUGGCCCUCUCUGCGUGAAGAACUCUCCAUUCCUGUCAAAAUCACAGGUUACCAGGUGGUUUCAGAGCACCAUCAAACAAGCAUGGGCACUCAUUUCACACAAGUAUGAGUUUGAACUGAGCAUUCGCUACAUUGAUGCUCCAGGUGCUGUAGUAGUUCGAUUCAGAUCAGGGAAGAAGGUCCGCUUCAGCAUGAAUCCCGUGGUUAAAUACAACGCUGAUGCUCAUUUCUUCGUUACUCCCUGCUCCCCAAACAGUUUAGAUGCUUUCUGGACGUUCUCCCUGACCAGCUACGAAGAUCGUUUCAUAGAGCACAUUUCUAAACGCCUGCCUGAAAACUCAUGCCACAGACAAACACUUGAAAUUGCAUGUUUCCUUCACAAGCGACAGACGGCACUGUCAGGGAGUUGUGACCUCAAGGAUUUUCAUUUUAAAACGGCACUAAUGCAUCUGCUUUUGACCAAAGACCCAUCACAGUGGAAACCCAGCUUCGUGGCUCGUCGGCUACGAGACUUGCUGGACUUCAUGGAGAAAAGCCUUGAGAAAAAGAUGCUGCGCCACGUUCUCAUCGGGAACCCUUUAGCUCGGAAGGUUAUUGAACUCCCUGCUGAAUUCACUCAAGCAGAGCCUGUGAAUCUCUUCCAUCCCCUUGUGGUUCACAGCUGUAUCUACAGAAAUUCUGUGAUGCAUUUCCAGGAAAUGCUUAGAAAUGCACACAUGCUGAUACAUGAUUACACUGAUUAGUGUAGUGACAGUGCCACGUGUUUCAUUUUCAAAAAAUGUUGUAAAAGUUAAGUGUUUAAGUUUUAAUCUCUUUACGCCAACAGUGUUGAGUUAUGGUCUAUUCAUUAAGCAAAGGCAUAUCAUGCAAGAGAAACAUUAAGUACAAGAUAAAGCAACUGAUUUAUUUAAAAUUUCUGAUUAUUUCCAUAUGACACUUCAAUUUAGUAAUCAUGCUCCCAGUACUUCAGGAAGUCUUCGUGCUCGGCCAAGUCUGGGUCCUCCAAACUGAAAGUGUCAGUGUCAAAGGAUUUCAUCCGGGGGUUAGCCUCUGCGUAUCCAUCCUUGCUCCACAAAUCGACAUUCCAAGAGUGGCUGGAGAUUAUAUUCCUGGAAGCUGUUGAAAUAAGACACCAUACAGCUUAAAUUUGUGGAAGAGCGGCUUGUAAGUAUUUCUGCAAGACUGCUUGAUUGUCAAGAGAUAAGCAAGCAAAGGGAUUUGCAUUGAAACCGCCUGUACAUGACAGCAAAAUGCUUCUUGAAAUGGCCGAUGCUCAUGUUAAGCCCUGGGCCAAUUUGAGGCUCAUGAAUACAGCUGCUGUAUAUCAGACAGGUUUUUCCACCCCGCGCAAGAACUAUGUAAACACAAAAAGGGAAACUUGCCUUUAGUCUGUGCCGAGGAGCAGGUGGAGUCACAGCAGGUGCACACAGAGUCAUCACCAUACAGCUCCUUCCACCUAAAACAUGAAUAAAAGGUCACCCAGUCAAAACACAGCAGGUUGCAGUCCAACUGAGUGAAGAAAAAAAAAAAGCUCCAUUUGUUUAAGCACACAUGAAGCAUUUCAACUCACUUUUUGGUAGCUGGGUCAUAAUUGCAAGCCUUUGAACUCUGCGUCGGGCUAAGUUUCUCCACAGAGACCUCGCAGUGCAUGUAGAGUUGCUGAAAGACAUCAGGUUUCAGUGUUAGCAUGCGUUCUCCAUAGAGACAGUAGAGAUUUGUCCCACUUGCUCUUGACCGUACCUGUGAAGACGACGAAGUGGGAACUGUUUGUUGGAAAGUCAAGGCGCCCACGCUGAAUUUCUGGACCAUCUUUGAGGUCCCAGUGAGGAAUUUUGACUGGUCUGUCACCUUGCCGUCAAUCAUACAGCUGCAGUUAGAGAAAACACGCAUGUUUACCUCCACAUUACCUCCCAGGUGAUCAUGGCCAUCUUACUCUGAAAUAAUGUACAUCUUACCCUUGGUUGUCAAUGACUGUAUAUUUUGGAUUUGAAUUGGAGUCUUUGGAGGCUGUUAUGAAGCACUUGUGGAUGUACAGCCUCUGACUAGAUUUUGCUGUGCCUUCAGGUUGUUUGGCCUCAAAGUACAUUGGCUGGCCCAAGAUGUAUGCUUUGGCACCUGUGAUUUCAUUCCCUGAUGCUGUGGCAAAAGUGAGCAACGUCAGUCACUGAACAAGUCAACAUACCAGUCAAACCCAGAGGGAGGAAUGUUUGUGUGGAAAUGUCUGAAUGCAGCAAUGAAUUCCAGAUGGUACUUUCAAUACAUGCAGCAUUGUAUGCACACAUAUUUUUAUGUAACUUCAAAAAAGGUAUAAAUGGUCUGUGAGCUAUGUUGCUAUUAAAAUUGUUUAAAAUGA